CCCCACUUUCUCCUCUCCUCGGUCUAAACUAGGUUGAUCAUCACCGAUGCCACCUACUUGGCAUUGAUUCCCUUUGAUGGGCUCAUUCACUUCCCCUGCUCCCUUUCCAUUAUAUAAAGAGGGGCUCAUGUCCGUUGGUUCCCCUGCUGCCCUUGUCCCUGCAAUCCUCUCCGCUGUCUUGUCCACUAUCAACAUACAUAAUCACCCUGUCGACCAACUCCCACCAUCAUAACUACAUCACUCCCUACCGAAUAUACUGCAACCAUGGCUGCCCCUGAAAUACCUACCAAGCAGAAAGCGGUCAUCUAUGACCAGCCUGGCACCGUGUCAACCAAAGUCGUCGAGGCGGAUGUUCCUGAGCCCGGUGCGGGCCAGGUUUUGAUCAAUCUGACUCACUCAGGUGUCUGCCAUUCCGACCUUGGUGUCAUGACCAAUUCCUGGAAGUUCUUUCCUUAUCCGACUCAGCCCGGCCAGGUUGGCGGCCACGAAGGCGUCGGCAAGGUCGUGAAGCUGGGCCCCGGGGCGGAGUCCUCGGGCCUGAAGCUCGGUGACCGUGUCGGAAUCAAGUGGGUCGCCAAUGCCUGUGGAAACUGCCAGCCCUGCCAUGCCAGCGCCGACGGGCUGUGCUUCAACCAGCAAAUCUCGGGUUAUUACUUCCCAGGCACUUUCCAGCAGUACGCCCUGGGCCCCGCCAAUUAUGUGACCCCGAUCCCGGAAGGGCUGCCCUCAGAUGAGGCUGCUCCCAUGCUCUGCGCCGGUGUUACCGUUUACGCCGCCCUCAAGCGCAGCAACGCCCGUCCGGGUCAGUGGGUCGUGAUCUCGGGAGCCGGCGGUGGACUGGGCCAUCUAGGCGUGCAGCUCGCAGCCAAAGGAAUGGGCCUGCGCGUGAUCGGCGUCGACCACGGCAGCAAAGAAGAGCUCGUCAAGGCGUCAGGAGCCGAGCACUUCGUCGACAUCACCAAAUUCCCCGCAGACGACAAGGGCGAGGCCAUCUCCGCACAUGUCAAGGGACUGACCGACGGUCUAGGCGCGCAUGCUGCGGUCGUUUGCACGGCAUCAAACGCCGCCUACGCUCAGUCACUGUUGUUCCUGCGCUUCAACGGCACUAUGGUCUGCGUGGGUCUGCCUGAGAAUGAUCCCCAGGCUAUCGCCUCGGCAUUCCCGGCCGCCAUGAUCGGCAAGCACUACACGAUUACCGGAUCAGCGGUGGGCAACCGGACCGAUGCGAUCGAGACGAUGCAGUUUGCCGCGCGCGGUGUGAUCAAGUCGCACUUCCGGACUGAGAAAAUGGAGAAUUUGACCCAGGUAUUCCAGGACAUGGAGGCCGGUAAGGUGCAGGGACGGGUUGUUCUCGAUCUGUCCAGAGAGUAGUCUGUUUUUUUUCUUUUUUUUUCUUAGCACCUUGAAGAUC